AUGAGGCGGUCAUUGUUUGUUAGUAUCUUACACAAUAUUCAACAAGUGAAUGAGUACUUCAUCCAAACCCGUGAUGCCACUGGUGCUCCUAGAUUAUCCGGUAUACAGAAGAUGACUGCAGCACUUCGGAUCCUCCAAUACGGCGUGCCUGCUGAUGCUGUAGACGAGUACAUUAGAAUCGGCGAAAAUGUCGCCAGAUUAUUGCAAGAGGGAGAGCAACGCGGGUUUCCUGGAAUGUUAGGGAGUUUGGAUUGUAUGCAUUGGCGUUGGGAUAAAUGUCCAAGUGCCCAAGCCGGUGCUUACACUGGACACUAUCACAAACCAACAGUUGUACUCGAGGCGGUUGACUCCUAUGACUUGUGGAUUUGGCAUGCUUUCUUUGGCAUGCCUGGUUCUCUAAAUGAUAUUACUGUUCUUGACAGGUCGCCUUUAUUUGCUGAAUUAACUAGAGGACGUGCCCCUGCUGCCAACUACACCAUCAAUAAUCACGCAUACACCAUGGGUAUUAUCUUGCUGAUGGUAUCUACCUCGUUGGGCAACGAUUGUGAAAACAAUAUCUCAACCUCAAGGCGCAAAGAGACAACUAUUUGCGAGGAUGCAGGAGGCAUGUCGGAAAGAUUGUCGAAAGGGCAUUUGGAGUGCUCCAAGCACGAUUUAAUAUUGUCAGCGUGCCAGCUAGAGGUUGGAGUGAUGAGGAUCUGUACUACAUCAUGA